CUAUAUCCUUCUUAACUGAACAACGCAGUGAUAGAAGUUUGCAUACUUAGCGGGAGAACAAAGCUUCGAAUCAAUCUCACUUCCACUUUAAUGGCCACUCUUCCUGCUUCUCCUUCACCCCCUUGGCAUACUAAUCCUAACCCUAAUAAUAAUAAUCCCAAUUCUAUUUCAAUUCCGAACCCUAAUUUCCAUCCUGAUCAAUCUCAAACCCUUGAUUUCGAUUCCCUUAUGUCUCCCCAACCUCAAUCCCCCUCCGCCACCACCACACCGCCGCUGCCUCCGUCGCUUCUUCAACUCUCCUUCAACCAAGACCACGCCUGCUUCGCCGCCGCCACAGACAACGGCUUCCGCAUCUACAACUGCGACCCAUUCCGCGAACUCUUCCGCCGCGAAUUUGGCGGUGGAGGAAUCGCUCACGUUGAGAUGCUUUUCCGCUGCAAUAUCUUAGCACUUGUUGGUGGCGGCUCCCACCCUCAGUAUCCUCCUAACAAAGUCAUGAUCUGGGAUGAUCAUCAAGGUACUUGCAUCGGUGAACUCUCCUUCCGUGCCGCUGUUCGUGGUGUUCGAUUGCGUCGUGAUCGGAUAAUUGUGGUUGUGGAACAGAAGAUAUUUGUUUAUAAUUUCGCUGAUCUGAAGCUGUUGCAUCAGAUUGAAACUAUUGCUAACCCUAAGGGUUUAUGUUCAGUUUCACAUGUUUCUGAAUCUCUUGUUCUUGCUUGUCCUGGUUUGCAUAAGGGUCAGAUUCGUGUGGAGCAUUUUGCACUGAAAAAAACUAAGUUUAUUUCUGCUCAUGAUUCCAGAAUCGCUUCGUUUGCUCUCACGCUUGAUGGACAGUUAAUCGCCACUGCCAGUGUCAAGGGUACGCUCAUUCGGAUUUAUGAUACUGAUAGCGGCACCCUACUUCAGGAAGUUAGAAGGGGUGCAAAUGCAGCAGAGAUAUAUAGUUUGGCGUUUUCCUCCACAGCUCAGUGGUUAGCAGUUUCAAGUGACAAGGGCACUGUUCAUGUCUUUAGCCUUAAGGUUAAUUCAAGCGGUGUUCCUGAGAAUGAAACAUCACAAGGUUCAUCAUCUAGUUCAGAUGCUGCCAUUGUCCCUUCUAGCUCAUCUCGCUCCUUCAUUAAAUUUAAAGGAGUGUUGCCCAAGUAUUUCAAUUCAGAGUGGUCAGUUGCUCGGUUUCACUUGCAUGAGGGUACUCAGUACACAGUUGCUUUUGGUGUACAAAAGAAUACAGUCAUAAUUCUUGGCAUGGAUGGAAGCUUCUAUAGAUGCCAAUUUGAUGCAGCGAAUGGAGGGGAAAUGACCCAGCUGGAACAUCACAACAUUUUAAUUCCAGAAACUGCUUUAUGAGAUGAAAUCCUGUAGCAUUUGACGCUUAUCUUUUAGUUAGGGUUAUUCUACAGGAAUAUUCACCGUGUAAUAAUAUCAGAAAUAGAUCGAGAGUGUAAUUAUUAAUAGAUGGGUGGUUGAAGUAACGCUGACACCGUUAUUGUUUACUCUGUGUCGACUAGUUGCUUCCAUUGUAAUUUUGUAAUUAUAUAAUUCACUAAAUUUUUAACUUAUAAAUAUUGAAAGCUGUUGCGAAGCAAGCAAACACUUUCCUAACAA